AGGGGCAGCGGGGCCGCGGAUGCGCCCGGAGCUCCCCCGGCACCGCCGCCUCCCUUCGAGGCUCUCUCCGCGUCUCUGGGAGGUGCGGGGCCCGCUGAGCAGGACACCGAGGCGGACCCAGCCCGUGCCGGCACCAUGGGCUCUAAGCAGAUCGCCCAGGAGACGUUCGAUGAGGCGGUGCAGGAGAACAUCACCGAGUUCGAGAUGGAGCCCGAGGAGGCUGUGAGAGAAGCCGUGCUGCAGUUCGAGGCCCAAGGUGUGGACCUGAGCAAUAUUGUGAAGGCUGUGCGACCUCCUGCCUCUGAGAACGGGCAAAGGCAAAAGCACCAAAUCCUGCUGACCCUGGAGAGCCUGGCCGGGGCCGUGGCAGAGCAGGACGUGGCCCAGCUGCCGCAGCAGCUGGCGGCGCUGGCGGCGCAGUGCAAGGAGCAGCUGGCCUUCCGCUGCCUGGCCGGCCGCCACGGCGCCUACGCCGCGGUGCUGUCGGCCUGCCGGCUGGCCGCAGGGCACAGGGAGCUGCUGCUGCAGGGCCUGGCCGCGCUGGCCGCCCUGCUGGACGGGCAGCCGGACCUGCUGGACGCGGCGGGGCGGGAGCUGCUGCUGCAGAGCCUGCGGGAGCGGCGCGGCGACGCCGAGGUGACGCUGGCCGGGAUCCGCUGCGUGCGCCACGCCUGCCUCAAGCACGAGCACAACCGGCAGGCCUUCGUGCGGGGCGGCGUGCUGCCCGCGCUCACCGGGGCCAUCACCGGGGCCCUCGCCCGGCACGGCGGCGCCGCCGAGCUCGUCAGGACCGCCGCCUCGGCCCUCAGGGUCAUGACCUUCGACGAUGACAUCCGAGUGCCCUUCGGGCACGCCCAUGACCACGCCAAGAUGAUCGUGCUGGAGAACGACGGGCUGAGAGUCCUCAUCGAGGCUGCUAAAGCCUUCAGGGAUAACUCUGCGGUUCUCAGCGAGCUCUGCGCCACCCUCUCCCGCCUCUCCGUCAGGAACGAGUUCUGCCAGGAGAUCGUGGACCUGGGGGGCCUGAACUUCAUGGUGACUCUGCUGGCUGACUGCAUGGAGCACGCUGACGUGGUGAAGCAGGUGCUCAGCGCCAUCCGCGCCUUGGCCGGCAAUGACGACGUCAAGGACGCCAUCGUGGACGCCGGGGCCACCGAGCUCAUCGUGCUGGCCAUCAGCCACCACCUGGGCAACCCUCAGAUCUGCGAGCAGGGCUGCGCUGCCCUGUGCAUGCUAGCCCUGCGCAAGCCCGAGAACUGCAGCGUCAUCAUGGAGGGCGGCGGGGCCCUGGCUGCCCUGCAGGCCAUGAAGGCUCACCCGCGGGAGGUGGCUGUGCAGAAGCAGGCGUGCAUGCUGAUCCGGAACCUGGUGUCGCGCAGCCGGGAGCUGUGCGGGCCCAUCCUGGCGCUGGGGGCCGAGGUGCUGAUCGCCGAGGCGCGCGCCGCCCACCGCGACUGCGACGACGUGGCCAGGGCCGCGCUCAGGGACCUGGGCUGCCAGGUGGAGCUGCGGGAGCUCUGGACGGGCCAGAGGGGCGGCCUGGCUCAGUGAGGGCUCCUGGCAGCAGCAGCAGGGAGGGUGCAGAGCGCCCGAGCCCCCGGGCCUGGCGGAGGCGGCCUUGGAUGGAUCUGCCUUGGAUGGGUCUGCCGUGGAUGGAUCUGCCCUGCCCGUGGAUGGUCCUGCGCGACGGAGCAAACCCAGCCCGGGGAGGCUGCAGGGAACUUGGACCUGGGGAGCUGCAGCUGAAACGGCUUCUGCAUUCCCAGCCUGCAAACCAGCUCUGUGUAGUGGCCAUUGCCUGGAUCAUCUCAUGGCUGAGGAUGGUCUGCUCCCCCAGGCAGGACGGGGCUGUUGUCACUGCUCUGGUGCCCCGGUGACAGCAGGGCUGGCUCUGUCCUGCCCGGUUUGCUGCUGGUUCCAUUUGUGCCCUGCUCAGGGGCUGCGUCAGGAGGAGCCCCAGCAUUUGUGGAUGUGCUCUCUCUGUCCCGUUGCCCUGUUCUUUUACUGCUGACCCUACUCUUGUGUCGCUGCUUUGUUUGGGAUUUUUCCGCCAGCGUAACGUUUUAAACAAAAACAAAAAAACAACAAAAAAAAACAAAAAAUAAGAAAAGAAAAAAAAAGGCAAAGUAAGGAUUUGGGAUGACAUCCAAAGGAACUGUUGGCAUCCAGGAGGAAAGUUCACGUUCUCCCUCAGUGAGAGGAGCAGGGCAGAGACUGGCAGUGGGGUGGAGAUUCCAGAGUGUGACCAAGCAGGCGCUGGUGCCACUGGCAAUCCCAUCCCGGGCUUUGUCACCCCUUGGCACUGCCCGGGACCCAGGAAUGUUUCAUUGCAGUGAGCAAUGAACCCCACAGACUGAGGCAGAGCUGGGGGUCUGUGGGCCAGAAAGGCUCUGAGGCCUCAGCUCAAGGCUCUGCUGCUGAGCCUUCCUCCUGUGCCCUGCCAGUUUUGUGAGUGGAUGUUUUUAGUGUGAUACUCUCUGUAAAAAUGGUGACCUUAUAAAGCACACAAACCUUGCA